GUGCCUUUCUUCAUCCAAAAAGACCUGGAGUCCUGGGCCCUUCAUUCCCACGGCCGCUGUGGGAGCCCUGUGCUCAUCAACGACACCAACAUCGCUGAGUACAUCCCGGAUCUUCCAGAAGAGUAUUUCAGGCUCCCCGACCAUGGAUCCCGGUCGGACGUUAUCCGCUAUGCUUUGAUCUAUCAUCAUGGAGGCAUCUACAUGGACACCGACAUCUUGGUCCUCAGGGACUUGAACGAGGUGCUGGACAAGGUUGCCGACGAUUACGACCUGAUCUCCUAUGCUCAGAAGAUUCACAGUUGCCUUGAGGGGAGGAAGAGCUGCAAGGCCUUCAGCUCCAACUUCCUUGCCGCCCGCAAGGGCAGCGCCUACAUGAAGGAAGUCUGGGAGGCGCAGAAGAAAGCGAUGACGAGUCACUGCGAGUCCCAUGACGACCGUGACACGAAGGUUUGCUGCCCAGCGAACCCUAAGCACAAAUGCCACGUACACUGGGGUGCUAUCGGUGAGAUGGUGUCUCAUCCAGUGUUCGACAAGUUCGCUGCCGCGAAUCCUUCAAUGAAGAAGCACUGCUUCGCAGAGGAGGAAGGCGAGUCCUUCGCUCCCGAGGGCAUGGGCACCGUGCUCUUUACCAAGCGGAAGCUCCAAGAUGCCUUGCCUUUCUUCACGAGCAUCAAGACAAAGAAGCCCAUGGAUCGACUGGCCUACCACCUCUUCAAUGCCCAGGGCUUUCAAAGGUUGCGGGCCAAGAAGGUCAAGGUUCUGCUUCAGGUGGCCACAAUCGUCAGUGCAUACGCUAGGGAGUACGCUGGCGGCGCUAUCUUCGACUCGGCUCUUUUCGUCGGAGCGCUCUAUCGGAAGAGCUUGGGAAAUGCCUCGGCGCCACCGAAGGGUCCCGCAGACGACGGCCCAGCCGAGUACUGCGCAUCGGAAGGUGAGAAUUGCCCAUGCUCGGGGCGAGUCUUCUUUGGCCGGAAGUUCGACAACGACAAGGAUGGGGACAAGCUGGACUUAUCUGAGAUGGUCUUGCAGCAGUAUCGCAUGAUGGAGGUCAACGGAGAUAUUGCCUGCACGACUUCCGGAUUCAUGGGUGAUCCCCAGAUCAAUCGUCCCAAGCAGUGCCUCUGCCAGGCCAUGAAGGGAGGCCCUGCACCGCGCAGCCCGGCCGAGGACGGUCCGGCCACCAUUUGCGCAAACGAGGGCGAGAUGUGCGAGUGCGAAGGGAAAGCUUACUACGGCCGCAAGUUUUCCAUGGGCAAGGACAAGGUGAUCAUCGACGCGCAGCAGACAUACCGCGAGGGCGUAAUGAAGCUGGAAGGUGUGGAGCCGGCUUUGGAGGAGUGCGCGGCUUUGUUGAAACGCGCCCGCGCAGAAGGUGCUACAGUGGUGCACAUCCAGCACGAUGCUGGGGAGGGCUCGCCGUACGACCUCACUCAACCGGUGGGCCAGAUCGCAGAGCCUGUUGCACCCGUAGCUGGAGAGGAGGUCAUUGUCAAGAAGGUGCCCAACUCCUUCCAUGACACGACUCUCCAUCAGUACCUCCAGGACAAGGGCGUCAAGUCCCUGGUGCUAUGCGGCUUCAUGGCUCACAUGUGCGUGAACUCUACGGCACGUGGCGCUUUCAACCUUGGCUACGCUUCCACUGUGGUCGCCAGCGCAACAGCAACACGUUCCCUAGCAGAUCCUAUCAGCGGGGAGCCUGUAGAGGCAGCCUUGCUGAAGAAGAGCGCGCUGACGGCCAUCUCCGACGUUUUCGCUGUCAUUGUGCCUACGGCUGACAAGCUGCCGUAG